UCUUUUUCAAAUAGACGGCCGCUUCCUUUUCAGCGUCUUUGGCUGGGCAUGCUUUGUAACGUCACCUCGCCCGUUUUAAUUAGCUACUGAAGCGGACUAUUCUGACUAAAGCAAUGCUAGAUUAAGUGCUGUUGCAAAUGUACUUCUGGUGAACUUCUCUCACUCUCUCUCUCUCGCUCUCUCUCUCUCUUUCUCUCUUAACGCGAAACAUCUCGGCCAAUCUGUCUCCUCGGUUUGAAACCAUGGCUGAGAAACGACGGUCCCCGUGUACUAUGAGUCUCAAAGCGCACGCAUUCUCGGUGGAGGCGCUCAUUGGCACGGAGAAAAAAAGAAAGCUGGAAGAGGACAACGAAAACUGUUUUGAGGAGGUAAACGAGGAGUCGAACCUGACAGACAGUCCGCAACCCCGAGCUGCGGGAACUUGCCCUAGCACCAGGACUUGCGAGAUAGACUGUACAAUCGACGAAUCCCCUGAUUCCGAGGACGUGUUGUUGGAUAGCCCACAGCCUGCAUCCCAGGGCGCGCAGGUCCUCGUGCAAUCAGGCACGAGCUCCGGAGAGGAGAUGCGCGUGGACUUGCAGGGUUCAGAUUUAUGGAAGCGAUUCCACGAGAUAGGAACUGAAAUGAUCAUCACCAAAGCCGGCAGACGAAUGUUUCCCGCAAUGCGUGUUAAGAUUGCGGGACUGGAUCCUCAUCAGCAGUAUUAUAUCGCUAUGGAUAUUGUUCCUGUUGACAACAAACGCUACAGGUAUGUCUACCACAGUUCAAAGUGGAUGGUGGCGGGAAACGCCGAUUCGCCUGUCCCGCCACGUGUCUACAUUCAUCCUGAUUCGCCUGCUUCCGGUGAGACCUGGAUGCGACAAGUUAUAAGCUUUGACAAACUCAAACUGACCAAUAACGAACUGGACGACCAAGGCCAUAUCAUUCUGCACUCCAUGCACAAGUAUCAGCCUCGUGUCCACGUCAUCCAUAAGGAGUGCGGUGAAGAACUUUCGCCCAUUAAGGCGAUUCCCACUGGGGACAGUGUCAAAGCAUUCUCAUUUGCUGAAACUGUCUUCACGACGGUGACUGCAUACCAAAACCAGCAGAUAACAAGACUGAAAAUAGACCGGAAUCCAUUUGCAAAAGGGUUCAGAGACUCGGGAAGAAACAGGAUGGGAUUAGAGGCUCUGGUAGAGUCGUAUGCAUUCUGGCGGCCCUCACUGAGAACGCUGACAUUUGAGGACAUUCCUGGAAUCAAUAAACAAGGUGCAGCAGGCGUGGUCGGGUCCUCAGCACACACACAUCUGCUUUCAUCAUCCUCGUGCUCUUCCCCUACAUUCCACCUGGGUUCUGGGGUGGGGCCAGUGUGCGAUUACUCCAACUGCAGUCGAACAAGCCACCCACUCCAUCGCUAUGCCCCACCCCUUUCAGCAGACUCCUACAGUCGAUUGGCUAGCCCUGCAGCAGAUGCGUUUUCCACUACUCGAAGCUCCACUUACAUAAGCGGGACUGACACUGAGGCUUACUCCUGCACACAGACUGGCUUGCCAAUCCAGAUCCACAGCAUGCCAAGCACAACCUCCCAGCUGCAGUACCUAAUGCCCGGCCAUACUCAUAAUGCGUUUUCCACCAAUCAGAGUACACAGGGAUCCUAUAAUGGGUUCCGCCUGCACAGUCCAUAUGGUCUCUAUGGUUACAACUUCUCCACUUCUCCUCGAUUGGCCACCAGUCCUGAAAAAGUGGCUGCCACACAAAGUUCAUUCCUUGGCUCCUCCCCUAGUGGGACUCUGACAGACAGACAGGUUCUAUCCACUGUAGAUGGUCUGCACAUGCUCAGUAGUAGUCAACAGAAUAUCUUUGACUCACGGACUUUGGGGCUGACAAGCUCAACCUCGCAGCUUCCGGCCCACAUGGCUUGAUUUGUGACUGAAAAACUUUGACGCUCUGCAACAGAGUUCAUAUGCAAAUGGACAAAAGCUCUGCUGAGAAUAAUUUCUUUGAACAUAACCCCUCAGAUGGGUAAAUAAACAGUUUUGGGACAAUUCAAUAGCAUAAUUUAUAACCUGUUGGAUAUCAAAAAGAGAGAGAGAGACAUACUGCCAAGAAAGAGAGAGAAAACUGAGAGAAACCAGCAAUCUCAGUUAUGCCUUUUUAUAAAUGUCUGCUGAAUAACAUUGAGAAUAUUUUUAUAGACUUUAUAUCUUAAAAAGUCAUUCUUUUGAAGCGGCAUAGACCACUAUUGGACACCAGGGUAUGGAAGUGACUGAAGAAUUGCAUGGGAAACCUAGAAACACUUUAAACACAAACACACUCUCAGUUCCAUGGCACAAAUAGGACAACAGCCAUCGGAUCUCAUCAAGGUUCAAUGAGACACCUGAUCUAAACUUCUGGUAGGAGUGUAAGGAGUUUAACAGAUGACCGUUUUGAGGCUGUACUACUCAACUCCUUAUGGACAAUAAAACAGAGUUUAGCGCUUAAGAGAGUGCCAGGAAAGGAGAGUGAAAAAAUUAAAAGAAUGUUGAAUAAACAACAUUACACAGGAUUAAAAUCAGUUGUUAAAUUCUGAAGUAUUUUUCCAGCUUGGCUGAAAUGACUUUUUGAAGAUUUUGUUAGAUGACAAUCAACAGGUAACUACUUAAUUUUUGACCGACCAGUGUCUUUAGCAGUUAAUGUGGUUUCAUCCGAAACUGGAUUAAAGUUGGAAAAAGGAAACGUGGCGUAGUGUUUACAAAUUCUCUCCCAGUUGAAACAAUUUUUCUGGAUCAGCACUGCUGUCUAGUGUCUUGGAACAGACAGGGCAGAAGGAAAUCUGAUCCAAGAUGAUAAUUCUCACACUUUAUAAAUACAACCAUUGGCAUUCUUCAAAAGGAUUAUAGUUCUGCCAUGAGAUACAUGCUGAUUCCAGAUCAGCUCUCUCAUGUUACAGGAACCAAGGACUGAAUAGAAGCUUUUUUCUGUUUUCCUACCAGAUGUUAGCUUUUGCUAUGCCUUUUUUUUUUAUGUAAUUCUUCACACGUAUAUUAAUAAUAUUGAUACUGUGUAAAUUGCACUUAUGGCAAUUAAAAUACUUGCUUUUUAAUAGUUGUGCAAGAGUUGCAACAACAGACACUUCCUCCACUUUUGAUUGUUGUUGG